AAGGUAGUGCGAUUUUGAAUAUGCUUAAUUUUCGACAAUUUCAUUUGCGCACAGAACUACAGAACGGGUCGUCUGAAACCGGAGGAAUUAUAUUUUCUUGCUCCUAGUAUGUAGAAGACAGCAAUGUUGCACAAAAAAGUAAGCAGAUUAUUGAUGUCGUCGGUGUUGGCGCGAGUUGCCGAAAAGGCGAUCCCGGAGAAUCUCUGUCCAUGUUGCCGUGGUAUACCUGCUGUCGCCUCUCGGCUUUCGUCCACUUUGGAGUCCACAUCGGCUCCGGAAGCAGCAAAGUCAGAAACAGGACGGGCCGCUACGCCAAAAAAGUCGGCGAAGUUGUUGAAAGUCUCCGCAUAUUUAUCGGGGAACCAACCCUUGAAUGAGGCUAUCCACAUUUAUCGCCGCUCUUUAACAGCUGCAAAGACGAGGCCGCCUGAAAUGUAUGUGAUUUUCGAAACGUUAGCAGAGAGCGUGAUUCAGCAUAUGGAUUUGCCCGCUGAUCCGUCAACUGUCUAUAUGGAAGCCAACCCUGGAUUGGGUUUGGUAACAAGGCGAGCAAUGGAAAAGGGAAUUCACAGGGCCCGCAUUUUUGAAGGCAAUCCUGUUUUCCUGAAAAGAUUACAGGACAUACAAGCGGAUUACGGUGCCGACCGAUUGGAAGUCGCUUGUCCUUUCAAUGUGAUCGAAUUCAGGCAGCGCGGGAAGAUUAAAAAGGAGUUCAAAAAGGCUGACCUUUUUGCAAAUUCUGAAGCGUGCACGAUACCUGGGAGUAGUGACUCCCCGGCUGUGGACCCCUGGGAAUCUAAAGUAGAGAGAAUGGUUGCUGUUGGUCUGCCUACUCGCCCCUGGACAGAUGUUGCACCAGCGCUCAAAUUUUUUGGAAUUAUUCCAGAAGUAUCGCAUGCGGUUUUCCUGAGAACUUUGGUAUAUUCUAUGGCGAGGAGGAAUGCAUUCUGCAGUAUUGGAAGGCCAGAAUUUUACCUUAUAGUAUCUCCGGCUCUGUACCAUACCAUUGUCGGCCAGCCCGGUACCAACUUUAAGUGCUACCGUUUUACCACGGUUGCUCUGCAAACGUUUUUUGAGAUUCUACCACUGGAAGAAGUGCCUCGCAACAAGCUGGUGCCACCGCCAUCUUUAAAAACGCAAAAUGUUCAUGACAAUUGGAAACUGAUACGCUUGACUGCACGCCGAGAGCAGGUUCUGGAUUGGUCGCUGAUACCUGAAUACGUUUUCUUUCUUCGCCAGGCUCUGAUGAAUCGAACAAGACCUCUGUUAGUGUGGCUUGAAGGAUGGAUACCUGGAUCCGCACGAAGGCUCCUGGACAUAGGCUACACGAUGUAUAUCCGAACUGGCGAUGUUUCGGCUACAAAUUACGUGAACGUUUUCAGAUUACUGUAUAAUGCACCAGAGUACAGCACCAGCAAUUUCAAAAUUGCCUUCGCUUCCAUGGGGGAUCGCUUCUCGCUGGACCUCUCGGAAAACGAAGAAGAUAAUGCCGACGACGAUGAUUUGAAUGCUGUACCAUUUCGGAAGUUAUUAUCAGGUUCGGGCAGUGAGAGCUCCGUUGUUUUGUAUUGCAUUACCAUGGAUGUGGAUGAUCUGGAACAGGGUCUGCUUUCUGCCUUUCGCUCCAUGAACACAACCGACAGAAACGAGUUAAUAACGCAGUUUCAGGCCUUGAUUGGGCAGAAUGUAAACCGUGGAACGUGCGAGUUCUUUUUGGACAUGAACAACUGGAACCUCCAACAAUCUAUAUGCUCCUAUUACGACCUGGAAAACAGUCAGGAGCAUCUUCCUCAAAUGGUGUUCGUGCAGGAUGUGACGAUCGGCGAAGGAGAAUCUGUACCUCCCAAAACGAAGUUUAUUAAAACAUGGAAAAUACGAAAUCCGGGGUGGGACAGUUGGCCUCCUGGAUGCGCGUUGCGCUUUACAGGGAACGGUCACCAGAUGACUCACAUCGAACGAAUUGCACUUCCUUCGCUGAAACCCGGCGAUACCUUCGACGCCAGUGUAGAAAUGGAAAGUCCGGAUAAGCCUGGCAUGUAUCAGGGGCAAUGGCGGAUGUGCAGCCCGACUGGUACAUAUUGUGGAGACACAAUUUGGGUGAUAUUACAAGUGGACGAAAACGGGAUGCUCUCGUUAACUCAACAAAUGUCAUCCAUUCCGCUUGGUAAUGCCAGAGAAUCAAGGUCAUCGUCCACGGAGUUCGGGUUGGCGAAAAAUCCCUUCGCCGCCGGUCCAACGUUUCCCGGGAACAAUUCUCCCAAUGACCAGACAGAUGUGGGCGGUUGGGGUACCAGCAACGAUACCGAUAUGGAUGGAGCUUGGGAUUGAGCCUGUUGUUGGGGUUUGGCCGUUUGGGAUUUUUGGCUUUUUGGGCUGAACUUGUUUUAUAUUGUUCCAUUUCUCGCGCUGCGUGCAGUACAGUAGAUUUCGAGUUUAACUGGUCUUUGAGCCUAUUGAAAGUUUUAAUUCUUUGUAUGAAAAAAACGUGAGACAUUUGAGAGCGUCGUUUUUUACUUUUUUUCGAAAGUUACCGUAAUGUUUUCGAAGAUUUGUUUUACUGGUCAGCUGAUUCCAUCCAACAAAAUUUCGUUCGUUUAGAUGGCCUCUUUCCGUGGUGUGCAACG